CGAAUCCCGCGACAGUGACGCACUUUACAAAUGGAUAAUGGAACAAAAGAGGAAAAGAAUCGUAUUUGGGAUUACGCUGUUUGUUUCGGGACAGUUAUCACAUUCAUAGCCGGCAUUGGUCACGUAAAUUCAUUUGGAUUGAUUUACAGAGAUUUUAUGAUCCACACUCAAUCCACUACUAAGUCGUUAACAACUGCCAAUGGCGUAUUUGCCAUAAUGCUAGCAAUCGGAGGUAUUAUUCUCAAUAUUAUGACCAAAAAAUUAACGCUAAGACAGUGCGGUCUGAUCGGUUCAUGUAUAUUUUCGACCGGAUCGUUUCUAACAAUACUGAUCUCGAAUACUAAUCAUCUACCGUUCACGUUUGGCGUGCUGCAAGGUAUCGGCUUUGGGAUCCUGGUCCCGGUGUGUUAUUCAACAUUGAAUUUACUUUUCACGACAAAAAGAACAACAGUUAUGAGCAUAAUAAAAUCAUUACAAGGAAUAAUAUUAAUGUGGUAUCCGCAAGUUAUUAAACAGACGUUAUCUGUUUACGGCUUCAGGGGGACACUGCUAAUCAUUUUUGGAAUUUCAUUGCAUACUUUUCCCGGAAUGUUGUUAAUGAAGACAGAAAAUAAGGAUACUGGAAAGAGACUGAGAACAGCAAAAAAUAUAGAGAUCGAAACAGACAAACAAAUAAAAUUAGAGUUAUUAAAUAACGAUGAACAGAAACAACAAAUUCUAAGCGAUACUGGAACUGAAUACAAGACGUCGAAGAAAAAUAGGUGCCAAUAUUUGUAUUAUCAAAGAAAAUUUAUGAGAAUCACAAAUCUUACGUUUCACUUCUUAGAAGUACUGAAUCUGAGAUGCCUUAAAGAUCCGGUCUAUUGCAAUAUUUGUGUCGGUCAGAGUUUUAUGAAUUUCUCCGAUUUGACUUUCUUCAUUUUACAGCCGAUGCUUUUGUUUCAAUACGGAUACGACAAGGCGCAAGUCGCUACUUGUAUUACAAUUGGGACAGGAGCUGACGUGGCGGGCCGACUCGCCCUGGCCAUGAUUAGUGGUGCGACACAUAUUAACACCAGAUUAUUGUACUACGUUGCUACGCUGCUCACGUUGAUCGUAAGAUUAGUUUUACUUCAAAUCCAUGAAUUCAUCUGGGUAGCAGCCAUUACAGCUGUGCUGGGUAUACUCCGAGCAUGGAUCCACAUAGCCAGUCCUCUGGUAAUUUCUAAUCACGUCACCCACGAAGACUUUGCUGGGGCAUACGCUCUGUUCAUGCUUGCUGCGGGCGUGGUCAAUUUAACGUGUUCACCUUUUAUAGGCAUGAUUAAGGAUUCGUAUGAAGACUAUGUACCUGCAUUCUACGCGUUGUCGGCUAGCUGUUUGCCUUGUUUGAUAAUGUGGCCUAUCGAAUUAGUGGCAAGACGAAAAUGAAUCAUUCAAUUAAGUAUUGUUAAGUUUAAAAAUGUAUAUUACUUAAUAUAUUUGAUUAAAGCGCAUAUGCGCGUGGUAUUAUCAAUGUAGAGUAAACGAAUGAGGUGAUAGAAUCGUUGAAGGUGGAAACUGAAGAAGAAGGAACUUGGAACAAUUCUUCAUCUAACACUGAAGGACUUUUUUAUCAUACAUUUAUUGUUGUUUUAAAUCUUACUAAAAAGGUUCUUAAAAAAGUAAGAGGUAGAAAGCGGUAAAGGUAAAUAAGGCGUCGCCUCUAAUAUAAAUAUAUUUAUAAUUGUUGAAUUAUAAAGGCAUGAAACGAAUUCUGCACUUUAAAAAUAAAA